CGAAUAAUUCGAUUUUCCCACAAUUUACUAAUGCAUUUGUAUCUUUUUCACAGAUACGCCGAUCCGCACACUCGCACAGAUACACAGACUCUGAUGCAUAUCUAGAUACAGAUCUGUACUCGAACCGAAUUCCAAAGAGCCUUUGAUGACGACACCUCGCUGUGCAUAACGACAUUUGUUAAAUACUUUGUGAUAGUCUUGUUUACCGUUUUAUUUAAUUGUUUUACACACACGAGAUAGUAGUAUUGUAAGAUCUUAAGAGAAACCAAACAAAGUUGCAAACCAAAUAGAGAGAAAUCGAACAAAAGCCUGCAAAUGCAUUCCACAAGCACAGCCACAAGAGUAUUCGACAGAUUGAGAAUGGGCAUUCUGCUGCUGCUGCUGCUGGUCAGCUGUCUGGGCUGUCCGGCUCUGAUCGAGGCAUGCUCCAGCCGCACCGUGCCGAAGCCGCGCCCGUCUGUCUCUUCGUCCAUGUCGGGCAUUGCAUUGGCGCCCACACAGCCGCCGGCCACAACAACAACAACAACAAUGCGAACCACCACAACGACGACGACGCCGAGGCCGAACAUCACAUUCCCCACAUACAAGUGCCCGGAGAACUUCGACGCCUGGUACUGUCUGAAUGAUGCCCAUUGCUUUGCCGUGAAGAUCGCCGAGCUGCCCGUCUACAGCUGCGAGUGCGCCAUUGGCUUCAUGGGCCAGCGCUGCGAGUAUAAGGAAAUCGACGGCUCCUAUCUGCCCAAGCGGCCGCGUCCCAUGCUCGAGAAGGCCAGCAUCGCCAGCGGAGCGAUGUGCGCCCUCGUCUUGAUGCUGUUCGUCUGCCUUGUGUUCUAUUUGCGCUUCGAGCAGCGAGCGGCCAAGGAGCGCGAGCUUCAGGAGGACGACAUCGAAUAUGAGGAGGAGGAGUGCAGCGAUGGCGAUCAUUGCGACUGCUGCCGCGAUCGCUGCUGCGCCUCGGGCGAUGAGCCGCUCGUGACGCGUGGCAAGCUGCCCUAUCACAUGCGGCUGGAGCACGCCCUGAUGUCCUUUGCCAUCAGGCGCAGCACCAAGCUCUAGGCUCAAUCUGAAUCUGACACAGAAAUCCAAAAACGAAUUCCCAUUUAGCUAUAGACUAUAGAGUAUAUGUAUAUUUGAACUCAAUCUCAAAUGAUUUCUGCCUUGCCCGUUAUGCAUGUCAUGCCGAAAAUGCGUACUACGAAUUUCUAUGUGCUUUAGUCGUAGCCUAAUGUUCCAUUAUACAUACUGCAUACACAUAUUGUCCUAUUUACUAAAUGUUACGUGUAACAAGCUCUCUAUUCCAAGUUCUUGUGCGUAUCCUAGACCUGAGAUGAGAUUCUUCACUUCUCUAAUUAUCGUGAAUCGAAUAUGUAUUUUUAAUUUACCUUACGCUAGAGCUAUAUUUAUUUUACUCUAUAACUAUUAUACAUACAUACAUGUAUACCAUGGCAUAUAUAUGUACAUGCACGAACACAUCCACAAUGAUCCACGUCAAGUAUUAUUUAUUGCACUAGCUAUGUAUGAAUUACAAUGAGAAUUUUUACAAUAAACAUGCGCUGCACUUGCA